AUGGGACAAGGAAAUGUUCGCUUUCUCGAGGAACUAGGCAGAGGGAGCUACGGCGUUGUCCAUAAAGCGAAAUACGAGGGAAAUCUUGUGGCGGCGAAACGACUUCAUCCCACACUUCUUGAAUCUGGUCCGAUUGAACGCGGUGCGCUUUUAGCAAAAUUUCGACGAGAAUGCGAGCUACUCGAGGCACUAAACCACCCGAAUGUUGUACGUCUUAUAACGGUUAUUUACGAGGGCAACAAGCCACCCAUUUUGAUAACGGAAUUGUGCGACUGUGACUUGUCUUCAUUUAUUAAGGACUCGAAAUCGAAACCGAAACUGUUACUAGAGGAAGUGGUUACAAUAAUGCUAGACGUCGCAAACGGUCUUAAUUAUUUGCACACUCGCAUCCAGCCGACAAUUCACAGAGACCUUUGCCCGAAGAAUAUUUUAAUAGUAAAGAAAGACUCAGUAAUUACGGCGAAAAUCACCGAUGUUGGUCUAGCAAAAAUGGCCAAAAUGAAUACUUUUCAAUCACCAGUUCCAGGAACUCAAAAAUACAUGGCCCCAGAGACCUUUGUUUUCGCAGCAACAAAUUCGGCGAUCUAUGGCCCUGAAAUCGAUAUUUUCUCAUUUGGAAUGACUAUGCUGGAAACUAUCUUGGGGAGACUUCCAGGCUUCAUGGAAAACCCUCUUGCAGGGGAAGGAGAAUUCAGUACCCAUUCUAUGCUGAAGGAUGACAUAUAUGCCAUUGGAGAGAGCAAUCCCCUUAAAGCCUUAGUGUUACAGUGCUUGGAGACAGAUCCCACCUUGCGGCCUACUGCUGCUGAGCUGGUGUCGGCACUGCGUUCUCCAACCCUCAUAACAGAAGUGACGCGGUUCGAUUUCCAAACCAAGAAAAAACACGUUUGCGACGACUAUCACUCGUGGAUCCCAGUGCGCAGGCGCACGGUUCGUGAACUUGAAGAACUUGACCUUGACGAGAUGGUCAGUAAACUUGACGAGCAUCACCGCAACGUGAACAUCGCUACAGCUGCCGGUGCAUCCACAUCCGUAGUAGCCACUGGUCUAGUCAUUGGAGGAUUCGUUGGCUCGUUUUUCACGUUUGGCGCCACGGUACCGCUGAUGAUAGCGGGCGGUAGUGUGGCCGCUGCUGGGGGUCUAACUACUUUUGGCGCUAAGAUGACGGAGGUGGUGUUGUCACGUGAGCAGUUCAAGAAAGUUGAGGAUACGAUUGCUGAGGAUAAGGCCGAGAGUGAGGGCCUAAGACAGAGUCUGGAGGAACUCGAUCGCUUGAUCACCAAAAGCGUAAACAGGAUCUUUGAAGACGAUAAAGAACCUUCAAACCUGUCGGGCAAAGCCAUCGAAGAUGUCAUGAAGCACUUUCAAAAGAUCACUGGGAUGAAAAUCAUGGACACCGAACAACUUCACCCCGUCAAAAGUAGCGCGAGGGGGGUAGGGGCAGUUAUAGCUGCAACCUCAUCCGUGAUAACAGUAGGUACCGCAAGCUCAAGACUAGGGUCAGCAGUCUUUGACACUUUGUCAGCCGCGUCCCGUGUCACUCACAUCGCUGGGUUUGUGACUAGUAUCAUAGCCUUACCCAUAGACGCCUAUUUUCUUAUAACCUCUAUAAGAGACAUAAAAAACCACACGCCAUCAGAAGUAGCGGAUCGGAUCAGAGAUAUUCGAAGUAAGAUGCAAUGUCCCGAGGAGCAUGAGAUUCCUGGGUUGAUAGAGGCCUACAUCACCGCCAAAGUCGCCGAGGUGGCCAAAGUGCAGCUGAAAUCACCGAAUGACACGUUUGAGCUGGUGGAUGAUUUGGACGAGUUUGUGCAGCAAGACGAAGUCGGUAGAAUUAAUGCUCUGUUUGAUGACGGCGAGCUUACGAUCUCAGACGAUCACUUUUUAGAGAAGUAGGGGCUCCGCAUUGGCGAAUAAACUUGAAAAAAGGUCUAUUUAAGCUUCUCCACUUCUCCACUCCACGCGUUUUUUCUGUUGUAAUUCAGCGCGAAACGCAAAAAAAAAAACUAAACUAAUUACUAUGUGCCUCAAUAUUUUUUGAGAAUGAAAACAAUUAUUAAGAACAAAUAUUGCAUUUUAUUAGAAAUUGCUAAUGAUUACCUAAAAUUUAAGAAAAUAUGAAAAUGGGAAAGCAUAGAAUAUAAAAUAUUUUUAUGUAAGCUUAAUAUGUAUUGUUUUGUGGGUAACGGUUAAGGUGUUUGUAGGAUUGUGUGACAAAAAUAAAAUACUUGGAAAGCUA